AUGCGAGAGUACUCGUGGCCGGAACCUGUCAGACGAGAAGACGACAUAGUAUGCGAGACUGCGGAGGAGUACUUCUGUGGGCCAUUCUUUGACAACAAUGACUCACGAAACAUCUUAGGUCGCUUUCUCUACGAAGACCUGAUCCCCGACCGGAAACUAGGCGACACAGUUUCCUUCCUCGAGGGAGAGGAGAGGGAAGCGUUUCUGGAUCUCGCCAAGGGGAUGCUUCUCUGGCAUCCAAAUGUGCGAGAAACUGCAGGCGAACUGGCGGGACAUCCUUUUCUUCAACCAAAGCAAACAAGCCCCUGA